UACUACUACUCCAUAACGAUAUCCAUUUCCAUUCUCGACCACAUCACACUCCUCUCUCUCUCCCUCUCUCCCUCCGCCGCUCUGCCUUCUUUCUUUUCCUCCGCUUUUGCUAAAGAAUGCAAACCCAAGCGCGAACGCGAGCGGCUCUGAGAUUCCAAGCCUUCCCCUCCUUCGCUAACCGGGCGCCCCUUCCCUUCGUAAUCUCCUUUCCCCCUACCCGACGGUGCGUUCGAGUCCGAUGUAGUGCCGCCGCCGACGGUGGUUCCAUCGGCGAGAAUCCUCGGCAGCAGGUGCAGCAGAGGAAGGCGUACCCUUUCGAUGCGAUAGAGCCGCGAUGGCAGCGCUACUGGGAGGAGAACCGAACGUUUCGGACGCCUGAUGAGGUUGACACUUCGAAGCCCAAAUGCUACAUCCUCGACAUGUUCCCUUACCCUAGUGGAGCUGGAUUACAUGUUGGUCAUCCCCUUGGAUAUACUGCCACCGACAUACUUUCAAGAUAUAAACGAAUGAAGGGCUUCAAUGUUUUGCAUCCAAUGGGCUGGGAUGCGUUCGGUCUUCCUGCUGAACAAUAUGCCAUUGAGACUGGGACACAUCCGAAGGUUACAACCAAACAAAAUAUUGAACGAUUUCGGUCUCAGCUGAAGUCAUUAGGUUUUUCAUAUGAUUGGGAUCGUGAAUUCUCCACCACUGAACCUGAGUAUUAUAAAUGGACGCAAUGGAUUUUUCUUCAGCUGUUCAAGAAAGGACUCGCAUACCAGGCUGAAAUACCUGUUAAUUGGUGUCCUGCACUUGGCACUGUCUUGGCAAAUGAAGAAGUGGUCAAUGGUGUUAGUGAACGAGGGGGUCAUCCUGUUGUAAGAAAGCCAAUGCGACAAUGGAUUCUCAAGAUAACUGCUUAUGCUGAUCGUCUUCUUGAAGAUUUGGAUGAUCUUGAUUGGCCUGAGAGCAUCAAAGAAAUGCAGAGAAAUUGGAUUGGCCGUUCAGAAGGUGCUGAACUAGAAUUUGGUGUAGUUGAUUCCCAGGGAUAUGAGCAAGGCCUAAAACUAUCUGUGUAUACAACUAGACCAGACACUAUAUUUGGCGCAACAUUUAUUGUUGUGGCACCUGAGCAUUCAUUGUUGUCAUCAUUAACAACUGAGGCCCAGCAUGAGAAAGUAGAGCACUACAGGGUGCUUGCUUCAAAAAAAAGUGAUCUUGAGAGAACUGAUCUUCAAAAGGCAAAGACAGGAGUUUUUAGUGGUUCAUAUGCUAUGAAUCCAGCUACUAGGGAAACCAUUCCAAUAUGGAUAGCAGACUAUGUCUUAGGAAGCUAUGGUACUGGAGCAAUCAUGGCUGUGCCUGCACAUGAUUCUCGUGACUAUGAGUUUGCCUUAAAAUAUGAUAUUCCAAUAAUUAGGGUUGUAAGUCGUACUGAUAGAAGUGAUGAUGACAGUGAACCAUAUGUAGAUGAUGGUAUCAUGAUCAACUCAUCAAAUUCGUUAUCUGGUUUGAAUAUUAAUGGCUUGUCAUGCAAAGAUGCUGCUUCAAAAGUAAUAGAUUGGCUUGAGAGUACUGGUCAUGGAAUAAAAAAGGUCAACUACAAGCUGAGGGAUUGGCUUUUUGCUAGGCAACGCUAUUGGGGAGAACCUUUUCCUGUGGUUUAUCUGGAUGAUAGCGGUGAAGUAGUUCCUUUACAGGAAAACAAGCUUCCGCUAGUACUUCCAGACUUGGAUGACUUUAACCCUACUGGAACAGGGGAGCCUCCAUUAGCAAAAGCAACAUCAUGGGUUAAGACAGUGGAUCCUGUAUCUGGAAGACAUGCAAGACGAGAAACAAAUACAAUGCCGCAAUGGGCUGGUUCCUGCUGGUAUUAUUUGAGAUUUAUGGACCCAAAAAAUCCAACUGCAUUGGUUGGCAAAGACAAAGAAAGGUACUGGAGCCCUGUUGACAUAUAUGUUGGUGGUGCUGAGCAUUCUGUCCUACACUUGCUUUAUGCUAGGUUUUGGCACAAGGUCCUGUAUGAUAUAGGUGUGGUUUCAACCAAGGAACCUUUUCAGUGCCUUAUAAAUCAAGGGCUAAUACUUGGUGAAAUAGAGUAUACAGCAUUCAGAGACCAAGAGGGGAGAUUAGUUUCUGCUGAUUCUGUUGGCAUCACCGAUAACCAUUUUCAAGAGAGAAUACCUGCAGAGAAGGUGAUGAAGGUUGGUGACUUUUAUGUUAUAAAAGAUAAUCCCAGUAUUCGAUUAGUUGCUCGAGCCUACAAAAUGAGUAAAAGUAGAGGAAAUGUUAUCAAUCCAGAUGAUGUUGUUUCUGAGUAUGGUGCAGAUUCUCUCAGGUUGUAUGAAAUGUUCAUGGGACCAUUAAGGGAUUCAAAGACAUGGAGUACUGGUGGAAUUGAAGGUGUACAUAGGUUUCUAGCUAGGACUUGGAGAUUGAUUGUAGGACCCCCUUUACCUGAUGGAUCAUACAACUGUGGAACAAUUGCCACUGAUGAUGAACCUACCUUGGAUCAGUUGCGGAGUCUUCACAGAUGUAUUGCAAAAGUAUCAGAAGAAAUUCAAGAAACAAGAUUCAACACAGGAAUUUCUGCAAUGAUGGAGUUCGUAAAUGCUGCUUAUAAGUGGGAUAAACACCCGAAAUCAAUUUUGGAGCCGUUUGUUCUCUUGCUUUCACCUUUUGCACCUCACAUGGCAGAGGAACUCUGGUCUCGAAUGGGACACCAAGAAUCACUUGCAUAUGAACAAUUUCCAGAGGCUGAAAGUGAGUUUUUGAAAGAUUCAAGCAUUGUGCUGCCAGUUCAAAUCAAUGGGAAGACCAGGGGCACCAUCCUGGUCGAUGAAGCAUGCUCUGAGGAUGAUGCAUUCAGAUUAGCAUCAGAAGAUGAAAAACUUUCCAAGUAUAUUUCGGAAAGGAUGAUAAAAAAGAGAAUCUAUGUUCCUGGAAGAAUCUUAAAUGUGAUACUAGAUCAUCAUAAGGUCAGUUCAUGAUCAUUUCCACAGAUACAUAUAUUGGGCUAUGUAAUACUCCUUGUCAUGGUUUUCAGCACAAUGAUUAUUCUUUAGAUAGGUUUGUCAGAUGUUGUAUGUGGUAUUCAUUGUGCUGCAUAGCAUGUACAAUAAAUUUAUUCUUCCAACUAAUUUGCUAAAACAUAUUUCAUUAUAUGUUUCA